GUUAGGGCGUGCUUCGGUGUUGGGCGUAGAGUGAGUGAACGAGUGAGUGCAGCAGGUGCUCCGACAGUGAGCGGUGUUGUGCUUCUGACCUUCCAUCCUCAAACUCUCGAUUCUGCUGGGUGCGCUUCUUUCUGUCUUCGUCAUACGCACAUUUCCUGCCUUCGUCUCCGCAUCUUUCUUCACGCCGUCCGACUUCUUCUUGCUCCUCCUCGUUCCCUGUAUCACCGCGUCUUCACUACUCGCCUGCGACUCCCCCUCCUCUCCUUCUCCGUCCCCUCCUCUCCGCCAUCAUCGGCGCCCUCUCCUUCGUGUAUUCCAACUCCCAUCUCCUCCAUUGAAGCUCUGUAGUAUCAGAGUCCUCUUCACCCCUUGCUUGCGCACGCCAUGGGCAGGUUUGCGGACAAGAUCGCCGACAGGCUCGGCGAGCACCCUGCGGGCAACCAUAUCCGGGGCAAGAAAUGGGCCGAGAUCCUGGGCAGUGCAUUGCUUGCCUUAGGCGUCCUCGCCCUCGUCGGCGUGUGGGCAGCUGCGACGGCUGGCUACGAGGCCACGAGUCGUUUCUCGCCCAACUACAACCUCACCGACAGUGACCACUGGUUCUCCAAAUUCAUUCCGGGCCGUACGGGCAACCUCUGCCAGCCUGCCUACAUCAACCCUGGCCAGCAGUUCCGCACGACUAACGGCGUGUUCCUUUGGGAGAUGGGGAAGCAGUUCAACGUAACUAUGGCCGAGGUGGGCAACAAUAGCACCAUGGUCAACUUCAACGGCACCGGGCAGCAGUACGCAGACAAUAAGCUCGAGCACUGCGACCUCUCUGGACUGUCGAUCGACAUGGACCUCUUCCAGGCUCAGGUCGACGUCAAGUUGUAUGCAACUUGCAUUGACCCUGAGUGGCCCGCGCUCUUGCUUUCCCAGAACACUUACUCGGUUGAUCAGAGCCGCCUGCUCGACAACUCCCUAUGGUUCACGAACGACCUCGUAAUGAAGUCCGAGUACAAGGAGCGCAACGAUCUGCAAUCGGCCUUGAACAACCUUGCCGCUGAUCUGUGGAGGCGACAGCGUGCCCAGUACCAGACUGCCGAAAUGCCGGUGAUUCGCGGAAUCCGCGUGGUCAACCAGAACAACUGUGGAUUUGCGACCGAUGACCGCAAGGGGUGCUACGAGUCGCCCUUGAGUGUCAGCAACGACUCGGUCGGCUUCUACAUGUUCCAGAAUCUUUCCGUUGAGACGACCAUGUACAACCCGCAGGCGUGGAACGUCCCCACGAACAACUUCAUCCAGUCACUCUUCGCCGCCGCUCGAUACGACUUUGCUGUCAAUCAGACGAACAAUGUCUUUGUGAACAGCACGGCUCGCCAGGCCGUCAUCACAACGACUGAGGACCCAAACUUCAACCUCACGGGUGGCCUAACCCAGCUGACGGGCGCCCAGUCGUUCCUUGAUGGAGGCGAUUUUGACGCGCCAAAGAUAAGCCGCGUACGGACGAGCUACCUCUGCAUCGUGAGCAAGAUGAAGCCGCCCGCCGACUUUGCCAUCUCCGUCCUCGGUCUCGCCUUUGCGCUGUUCGGUGUCGUCUUCGGCGCUGUCAUGAUGAUCGUCUCCAAGCUCACUGGCAAGGAGCUGGGUGCGAACCCCGUCGUCGCAGCCGCAGCACCCGGUGCCGCCCUCGCGCAGGUCGCGACCAACCUUACGCGCACCUCAGGCGAGAUCGAGGGUGAUCCCGAAGCGCUGAACGAGAAGAACCGCACUGCUGAUGGAAUCACCCCUAUCAACUCGCAUUCCCACAAGGUUAGCGAUGGGUCUGGUGGCACCGCUGUCCCGCAGUACGACUCGCGCGCUGUCACCCCGGCUCCGUCGUACAACUAUGGUGCCAAGAGCGCGGGCGCGCAGUACACGCCGCUUAAGAACAAUCAGAGCUUCGACCACCUGUCUGACGGUACCCCAUCGCCGUCGACCACCAAGCAUGGCUUUAACUCUUUCGCAUCUCUGAAUAAGCUCUCAGAGCAGCCGCAGAUGCCUGGCUCAGCUGGCGCUGGCGGCGCCGCUGACAAGGGCAGCAGUAGUGGCCUCGCUGGCCUUGCUGGCGCUGCUGGUGGCGGUCUCCUUGGCCUCGCGGGCGGUCUUCUUGGCUCCAAGUUCGGCAAUAUCACUCCAAAAAACCUGUCGGGCACCAACCUCCAGGGCAUGACUGGCGGGUUUGGCGGCGCACCUGCCGCUGAUGCGGGUCCCGGGGCCGCCCCCGGAGGUGGCUUUGGUGGGUUCGCCAGCAUGAUUCCGGGCGGUCAGAACAUCGCAGGACUGGCGGGCAAGAUGCCGGGUGGUGCGAAUCUGCAGAACAUGGCGGGCAACAUUCCUGGCGCGCAAAACCUCCAAGGCAUGGUUGGCAACGUUCCCGGCGCUUCAAACCUGCAAGGCAUGGUCGGCAAUGUCCCUGGUGCUGCGAAUCUUCAAAGCAUGGCUGGUAACAUUCCUGGCGCGUCCAAUCUGCAGGGUAUGGUUGCUGGUGUGCCGGGCGCUUCCACUGCUGGCGGCAUGGCAUCGAACAUCCCCGGAAUGCCGCAGGUCUCGAAUCUCGCGACAAACGUUCCAGGCGUCUCCAACCUCCAGGGCAUGGCUAGCAGCAUCCCAGGCGCUGGUUCUCUGCAAGGCCUCCCUGCCAAUGUCCCGGGUGCGCAGAACUUGACUGGUGCUGGUCUGCAAAACGUCGUCGCCGCUCAACCCAGCAUGGCGCAGCUCGGCAAUGCGCAGAACCUCGCUGCUGCCCCGUCCUCUGCAUUCUCUGGAUUGGCAAACGCUGGCACUGCUGCUGCUGCGGGCUUGGCGGGUGCAGGUGCAGGUGCCCUCGCAACCGGUGCGUACAUGCACAGCAAAGAUCGCUCUGCCAGCGGCGACUCUCCGCUAUACAUGAACUCGCCAUCGACGAUCCGAGAGGUGCCCGAGAACGGAGCGGUGACCCAGCCGCCCGCCGCCGCAGUGACUCCCGCCGGUGCGCAGGUAUUCCGCACGCCCUCGAACUCGAGUCUUAAGCGCGCCAACGCUCCCACCAGCAUCGACCUCUCCAACACCCAGCCAGCGAUCCGCGCAACCAAGGGCCUGCCGACGUCGCCUGGAGCUCCAGUUCGCGGCCUGCCGACCUCCCCAGGCCGUCCCGCUCGCGGCAUCCCGACUUCCCCCGGCGCACCCCAGAUGCGCCCCUUGGACCCGACGCUGGCGUCAGUUCCUUCCGCUCCUUCCGCCCCUGCUGUCCCCUCUGUGUCCCAGGGGGCACCCGCUGGGUCGUCCUUCCCCACUACCGCUGCUGCUGGCCUCGGUGCCGGUGCUCUGGCCGCCGGAGCGGGUUAUGUAGCGCACCAGGCAUCGCAGCCCAAGGUGGACGAGUCCGUGCCUCAGGCUCGUGACUUCGUCAAUGCUGCCCCGACUGCUGUCCCCGUUGGCGAGCCUAUUGCCGCCGCGCCCGUUGUUCCCACCGCCCAGCUGAACGCUACUCUUUCAGAGGCGCCUAGCGUUCAGGCUGAGGCUCCCAGUGUCCCUCAGGUUCCCUCCCAGGCGCAGGCUCCCACCGGCCUGGGUCUUGACGGUCUUGCCGCCGACGUGCAGGGCCGCGUUGACCGCGCCGCAGCUGUCGCAGAUAGUCACCUCGCCGGCACCAACAUCCCAGCUGCGGGGCAAAACUUCGUCUCUGCUGGCCAGGGCUUCAUCCAGCCCGCAGCUGCUACGGUAACCGGCGCUAUCGCUGGCGCAGGCGGUGCUGCAAUUCUCGACCAGACUCCGCGCUCGCCCACUGUCGCCGGUCCCCCAUCCUUCGCCACGCCCGGUGCCCGCACCGCCGCUGGCGCCCCUACCACGCCUACGCUCGCGCCUCGACCGCGUGACAUCACGCCCAUGAGCCCGACCUCGGCUGGUCCGCCCGCUGGGUGGAACAAGUGAUCGUCAGGUCGCAUUCUCGGUUCCUAGCAUCGCAUGGCUAGAGUAGGACUAUAGCAUUUUGUUGCAUUAACUGCAUUUU